AUGUUGCGCUCAUCCCUUCCCUUCUUCCUGCUGUUCUUGAUUGCUUCUUUUGGGGAAUCGCAACAUCAGCAGUUAUUUUCAAGUGUUUUCGGAUACCCAGGCGUGGAUGCUUCAUAUGACUACGUCGUUGUUGGAGCCGGGGUCGGGGGAUCAGUCGUGGCAUCAAGACUGGCCGAAGAUGGAGCAUCGGUAGCUCUCGUUGAAGCGGGAGGCUUCUACGAAGUCGAGAACUCUAAUCGAUCAGUUGUGCCCCUUCUGUCAUUGACGGGAAUCGCAUUCAUCGACCCCUCGGAAAACUUUACUCAGCAGCCUUUGAUGGACUGGGGAUUACUCUCUGAGCCAAUUCCUGGAGCUGCGAAUCGGAGAGUGCACUACGCCCAAGGUAAGACGCUUGGGGGCUCUUCUGCCAUCAACACCAUGUCGUACCUGCGAGGUUCUAAGAGCUCGUAUCAGCGGCUGGCAGACAUGGUAGACGACCAGAGCUGGGCCUUUGACAAUCUGUUGAAAUACUUCAAGAAGUCUUGCCAGUUGGCUCCGCCAAACUUGGAGAAGCGUAACUCGACAAAUGCUACUGUUAUAUACGAUCCAGCCGCAUUCGAUCCCAGCGGAGGGCCUCUACAAGUUUCGUGGAAUAACUGGGUUGAUCCAACGCUUACCUGGAUCGCCAAGGCUAUCGAAGAGAUUGGGCUUCCUCUUAGUUCGAAGGGGUUUAGCAGUGGCGAGCUCGUUGGUCAUGGUGCUUGGAUUCCCUCUACGAUAGAUCCGACCAACGCUCAUCGGUCGUCGGCUGAGAGCAGUUUCCUGCAGAAUGCGAUUCGGAACAGCAGUAAUUUGGCAAUUUACACGCAUACACAAGCCACGAGAAUACUUUUCGACUCUUCAAGCCCACCAAAAGCCACGGGCGUCAUUGUGAAUACGCAAGGGGUAGAGUAUAUCAUUUCGGCUUUCAAAGAAGUCAUUAUCUCUGCUGGGACCUUCCACUCGCCACAACUUCUUAUGGUUUCCGGAAUUGGGCCAAAAGCGACCCUUGACACUCGUGUCAUCCCCCUGAUUGUCGACCUACCCGGGGUGGGUCAGAACCUAUCGGACCCUAUCCGCGUCUCAAUAGCCAACUCAGUCAGCACCUCCAGCGGUCAGACAUUAACUGGAAAUCUUGAUACAGCUCCAGGCUACGUCCAACAAUAUCUUGACGACGCAUCCGGGCCCUUCAGUUCAGCAGCAGACUACAUAGCAGCCGAGCGCAUCCCCUAUUCAUUCCGCAAAAACUUCACCACAGAGACAAAAGAUAAACUAGCCACCUACCCAGACGACUGGCCAGAGACUUUGUACAUCCCCGCCAGCUUCAUUGGCGCCAAUUUCUCCACGAUUGGCAGCACCACGGCUUGGAUGCCCAUAGCGUUCUCUCGCGGCAGCGUGAGCAUCACUAGUGCCAGGAUGGCCGAUCCGCCAUCUAUCUCACUGAACUGGCUUUCCGAUCCCGCCGAUGCGGAAAUCGCGGUUGCGGCCUUCAAGCGCCUCCGUCAUGUGUGGGAUACUGACGCUGCGAACACGGUCAAGUUGGGGGAGGAGCUGCUCCCAGGCCCGGGUGUUCAGACGGAUGAGCAGAUUUUGGAGUAUGUUCGAGAGACAGCGGGACAGAUUUGGCAUCCUGUCGGUACCUGUUCCAUGGGUCAAGAGGGUGAUGAGGCUGCGGUGGUAAAUAGUAAAGGCCAGGUCUUUGGUGUCCAUGGGUUGCGGGUGGUGGAUGCGAGCAUUCUGCCUUUCACUAUUCCUACUCAUACGCAAGGGACUGUAUAUGCGCUGGCCGAGAAAAUCGCGGAUGAUAUCAAGCAGGCAGCUUGA